AUGUCCACUACUUUCGAUAACAAGAUGAUCCCUGAGGAACACCGUAUGCACUCGGUUCCUGCUUGGAAAACUCAAGACAAAAGACAUCAUCAUAAAUUCCUCAAUGACACUGUCGAGUAUGUGAACCAAAACCCAAAGCCUUUGCAGCCUGUGUUGGUCCAAUUCAAGGAGCUCGUAGAGAAAGAUACGCGAUUGUCCAUGUUGUUCCGGCUUAUGUUCGAACAGAUUCCAGAUAACAAGGAGUAUUUGAAAGAUCCAACGGGUGAAAACAACCAAGUGCAAGAUUUUGAUCAUCUCCUCAAACUCAUGAACCAUGUAAUCACCACAGCGCCUGGAUGGACUGACGCGGGUCACGCAGUCGGAAUGGUGGGUGUACCAGUACAAGCACUGUUGGAUUGGCCUAUGGGUACAUCAGCAGGUUUCUGCGUUUUCCAAGAUCCAAUUGUCAAUCAAAUGCUCAAGAAGGUUUUAGACGUCUGGGGUAAAUUCCUUUCUUCCCCUGAAUCUGCCAGCGUCCUUUCAGAUGAUAAAACAGGUUGGUUUGGACCUACCGGUUUGUCGAGCUUGGAGGAAGUAGCAAACAAGGCUCGCGGCACAAACCUCAAAUUCGAAGAGAUCUUCAUAUGCGAUCCUAAAGCCAAGCACUACGGGUACAAAUCAUGGGAUGACUUCUUCACCCGACACACACGAGAAGAAGCUAGACCUAUCGCUGAACCGGACAAUGAUGACGUGGUCGCUAAUUGUUGUGAAUCGAAGAUGUACAAGGUAGCCCACGACGUAAAGGCAAGAGACAAGUUCUGGGUCAAAGGUCAACCUUACUCCGUUCUUGACAUGUUACACUUCGACGACUUGGCCGAACAAUUUGUGGGAGGAACGAUAUAUCAGGCUUUCCUUAGUGCACUAUCGUAUCAUCGAUGGCACACUCCGGUAUCUGGUACAAUCAAGAAAUCUUACGUAGUACAAGGAACCUAUUACAGCGAACCUCUUUUCGUUGAUUUCUCAGCUACUCAGUCCGCUGAUCCCAGUGGUGAAACCACAAGUCAAGAAUAUCUUUCAUGUACAGCCACUAGAGCUAUCAUCUUCAUCGAAGCUGAUAACCCCAAAAUCGGACUUGUGGCUUUCAUCGGUAUCGGAAUGACAGAAGUAUCAACUUGCGAUACUACCGUUAAAGAAGGUCAACAUGUCAAGAAGGGUGAUGAACUUGGUAUGUUCCACUUUGGAGGAUCGUCUCAUUCUGUUCUAUUCCGAAAGGGCGUCAAGGUUUCCGGAUUCCCAGAGAAGUCAGACCACAAUGUGCCAGUACGAAGCAAAUUAUGUGUUGUAGAAUAG